AUGGAGAAGAUAUCUACUUCUUCUCUUCUUCUUUUUAUGUUAAUGCUUGUUUUGGAGUUUGGGAUUAAUUUAUGUGUUGCCAUAAAUGCAUCUUCUGGUUGUGUUGCUGCAGAGAGGAAAGCUCUCCUCAAGUUCAAAGCAAGUCUUGUCGAUCCUACGAACAGAUUGUCCUCGUGGAGGGACCUGAAUUGUUGCACGUGGGAAGGUGUCACUUGCGACGAGAUUACCGGCCAUGUUAUCGAACUUGAUCUCAGGGGAAAUGUUAGUUUUGACUAUUACAUGCCUAAUAUUAAUUUCGAUGACAGGUUAGAGGGUAAAAGUCUUGAUCCUUCUUUAAGGGAAUUAAAGUAUCUCAAUUAUUUGGACUUGAGUCAGAAUAAGUUUCAAGGAAGUAGAAUUCCUGAAUUUUUAGGAUCAAUGACUGAGCUGCAGUAUCUUAACCUCUCUGGGUGUUUUCUUGAUGGUGUUGUCCCAGACCAUCUUGGCAAUCUGUCAAAGUUGCGUAGGCUUGAUCUCAACUAUAAUGAUGGCCUUAUAUCCAAUGAUAUCAGAUGGGUUUCCAACUUUUCAUCGUUGGAAUAUCUUGAUUUGAGUUGGGUUAACCUUUCCCAAACUAAUGAUUUAGUUAAGGUACUCAACGUGCUACCUUCUUUGUCUGUGCUGCGCUUGUCACGGAGUUCACUUAACAAUCACUUAUCCCAUUCUUGUUUAAAUUCUUCAUUUCUUUCACAUGUCUAUCGCUUGGACCUUAGUUCGAACGGAUGUCACGGAGAAGUUCCUUGCUUUCUCUCGAAUAUGACUUCUCUGAGGAUUCUUGAUCUUUCAAACAAUGUAUACAACACUUCACACUUGCAAUUUUUAAAAUUAAGAAACCUUGUUCAUCUCAACCUUUAUGAGAACCAAUUUGAAUAUGAGUCAGAUUGGAUCUCCAAACUCUUGGGUGAUAAUUGCCGCUUGGAAUCAUUGUCUCUGUCUUAUAAUCACUUUCAUGGGGAGAUCUCAUCAGUUUUCAACAAUAUUUCUGGAUGUUGGAGUCAAAAUUUGAAGAGCCUAGAAUUGUCAGGAAACAACUUCAAAGGUGGUUUACCGAAUGAUUUGGACAAAGUCAAACGAUUAACAUUUCUUGAUCUUUCUGACUCAAAUAUAAGUGGUGAAAUUCCUGAAUCUCUUGGAAACUUGUCGGGUUUGGAAGUGUUGAUUGUUGCUGGUAACAAGUUAGUGGGUUCCAUUCCAUCAUCCUUCAGAAAGUUGAAAGCAUUGAGAGUUUUGUCUCUCUCUUUGAAUCAAUUAAUCGGGGAAAUCCCAAUAUUUAUGGGCCAACUAUCAAAUCUGGAGAGCCUGGAUGUUGCAGACAACUUGUUCAAUGGAACGAUUUCUGAGGUUCACUUUGACAUGCUCUCAAAAUUAAAGAGCUUUAUGUAUCCUCCAACUUGA